CUUACUAACCUACAGCUCCUACAAGCUUUAAUCCUCCUGCUCAAAGCUAUAAUCCUAACCUCCCUUCUCCUUCAGGAGCCCGACCGUUACAGGUCCGAUCGACGUAAUCUUCCGCGACCCUGCCGCCUCGACAACCUCUGCAGUUUUAGCUGCCCGGGGCCACCAGCGCAGUCCCACCGCCUUAACAAUUUGGGCCUCGUGCCCUCAACCUCUGGAGUACAAUACCAAGUUGAUAGUAUUCCAGGCCUUCUGUACCAAGUUCGAAGAAGCUGCCAGCCAAUUCACCACUGUACUGGAACGACAAUUCACUCAACAGUUUGCCAAUAGCUUCCUAGACUCUUGGAAUCGGAAGCUCUCCAGUGCUGGAUCUGCCCCCACGUCUACCUACAGCCGCAUCGCUGCCUCGCCUCCGGCUCCGGCUGCACAUAACCACUUCACCCACCAGCGUCAACAACAACAAACCGCCCCGCAUCACCAGGGGCAAUCAG